UAUCAGUGCUGCAAACGUCGGGGGAAAUGUCACAAAAGUUACCAAAAAUUUAAUAACUUCAUAAAGGUGCAUAAUUAGAAAUUUACCGAGACUUCCUUGAAAAUAGAAAAGGAAUAAUCAUGGUGUUGUGAUAUUAAAACGUUAAGUUUACGUUUUUGAGAACAUUUUGUUAAUCAUUAGAAUCACCCACCGGCUUAAAUAUCCUCGUGUUUUAAAUUGUCAAAUUUGAUAAAAAUGGCGGAUCCUACAUUCAAGAGUCGCAUACAAAAUUUCAAGAACAAAGGAAAAGAUCAAGAUGAAAUGCGAAGGAGGCGAAAUGAAGUUACAGUCGAACUUAGAAAAAAUAAACGGGAAGAAACCCUACAGAAACGACGUAACGUUCCCGUUGUGGAUUCAACUGACGAGGAUGAUGUUGAUAAGUCACUAUCGAAUAUUAAUUUACAGCUUGUCGUUGCACAGGCUGAAAAUUCAGAUGAUCCCAGUUUACAGUUAAUGGCAGUUCAGUCAGCUCGAAAGUUACUGUCAUCUGAAAAGAACCCACCAAUUGAUGCUCUCAUUCAAGCAGGAAUUUUACCCAUUCUAGUAAAAUGUUUGGAACGUCACGAUAAUCCACCUUUGCAGUUUGAAGCUGCUUGGGCAUUAACUAAUAUUGCUUCCGGAACCUCAGCUCAAACCAAUCAAGUUGUAGGGGCAGGAGCUGUUCCCUUAUUUCUCUUACUUCUGCAUUCUCCACACCAGAAUGUCAGUGAGCAAGCAGUUUGGGCUUUAGGAAAUAUAAUUGGAGAUGGGCCAGUCCUUAGAGAUUACGUUAUUGAAUUGGGAAUUGUUCAACCGCUUUUAUCUUUUGUUAAGCCAGAGAUUCCCAUAUCAUUUUUAAGAAAUGUCACUUGGGUCAUUGUAAAUCUAUGUAGAAAUAAGGAUCCCCCACCACCGAUACAUACAAUUGAUGAGUUACUUCCCUCAUUAAGUGCUCUAAUACAUCAUACAGAUACUAAUAUCCUUGUGGACACUGUUUGGGCUCUUAGCUACUUGACUGAUGGAGGCAAUGACCAGAUUCAGAUGGUUAUCGAUAGCGGAAUCGUUCCAAAACUAAUACCUUUAUUGAGUCAUAAAGAAGUUAAGGUUCAAACGGCAGCUCUUAGGGCAGUAGGAAAUAUUGUUACAGGGACCGACGAACAGACGCAGGCUGUACUAAAUUGUGAUGCUCUAUCCCAUUUCCCAGCAUUACUCACCCAUGCGAAGGAAAAAAUAUGUAAAGAAGCUGUUUGGUUCCUGUCCAAUAUAACCGCUGGCAAUCAAAACCAGGUUCAAGCUGUAAUCAAUGCAGGUCUUUUACCUAACAUUAUAUAUAAUCUCAGUAAAGGGGAUUUCCAAACACAAAAAGAAGCUGCUUGGGCAAUUUCCAAUUUAACUAUUGGAGGUACAAGGGAACAAGUAGCUAGACUGUUGCAAGAAGGAGCUAUACCACCAUUCUGUGAUUUACUGAAUUGCAAGGACCCUACAGUGAUUCAGGUUGUGUUGGACGGAAUAAAUAAUAUGUUAAAAAUGGCAGGACCUGAAGUGGAACAUUUAUGCACCAUGAUAGAAGAGUGCAAUGGACUGGACAAAAUCGAGGCUCUCCAGAAUCACGAAAAUAUUGAAAUUUAUAAAUUGGCUUAUGAUAUAAUUGAACAGUACUUCAGUGGUGAUGCUGAGGACGAUGCAAAUUUAGCGCCUACAGCGGGCGACAACGAGUUCAAUUUCGACCCGAACACAAACGUUCCGAACGACGGGUUCAAGUUUUGAUUUGCCGGGGUGUAAAGUAACGUUGCUCAGAAAAAUAAUCGAGUUUUAAAAAGAAAAUGGCCGCGUCCCGGCAGCUUUCUUGCUUCCCUCUCUACUAAAAACCACUUCAAAAAUGUACGUUCAUUUUAUGUAUAUAUAUUAUAUUUUUUUAGGAGGAAAUAACUAUUUUACGAUAUUUAUUUUAAUUUUGUAAAUUUUAUUUACAAAGGUUCUAUUUAGCCAUUUACUUUAAGACUGUUUUUUAUUUGUCAUCUAAACUAAAUGGUGAUGAAAAUGUAUAGAGAAAAAAAUUAAAAAAUAAUUAAAAUGACCGUACAUGGUAAAAAGAUCUGGGCAUGAUUCGACGGAUUAUUUCUUUCUUUUUUCGAUAGUGACGGAUUUUUAUAUAUAUUGACUUAAUUUAACAAAAAAUAGAAAAUGUUUUGCAAUAAAGUCAUGCGCAGAUAUUUUCUUAGUAUAUACUGAUGUAUUUAUGAUAUUAUACAUAUAAAUUAGUUUUUCAUAGUAAAAGUGGAAUAAAAUGCAGAUAAUUUCAUUUUUAAGUUAUUUUAGACUUUCCGACUAAUUGGAGACUUUCUAAUGGCGAUACGUGUGCAACAAAACCGUGAAUUUAUCGGGAAUUAAUCAAAUAAACGGUAAAACCAUUGUUGCUUAAUUAUUUAUUUCAUUGACUAAUUAUUCUGCAAGAAAGACAUGUUUGAAAUUUUGUUUUACAUAAAUCGGUUAAAUCAG